AUGUCUAGACGAAGUGGCCGCAUCACAUUGCACACAAGGGACGAGAAUGCACAAGAACAGACAAGCAAGGUCACAUCAAAGAAAAGAAAAUCGGAGCCGUCCAAGAAGAAGCUGCAACCCGCCGCCAAGAAACAAAAUUAUGAAAUACAGAGCUGUUGGUCUGAGGAGGGUGCCAGCCCGUGUGUCCUCAUUGAAACUCCUCACAAAGAGCUGGAACCCACAGAGGACCUGUCCAGCUUCAGACAGUACCGGUUUAAGAACCUCUUCAUCAAGCCUUCGCCCAUCCCCUGCCUUAGUUGGGCCAGCUCGGACGAUAUUUGGAUCAAGAUGUUGAACAAAGAGCUGAAAUAUAUCCAUGAUAAGAGCUACCUCCAGCGUCAUCCCAAGAUGCAGUCCAAGAUGAGGGCCAUUCUCUUGGACUGGCUCUUUGAGGUGAGCGAGGUGUAUUGCCUUCACCGACAGACAGCCUAUCUGGCCCAGGACUACUUUGACCGUUUCAUGUUGACCCAAGAAAAUGUCAACAAGGACUACCUGCAGCUCAUUGGCAUCACAGCCCUCUUCAUCGCCUCUAAGAUAGAGGAGAUCUACCCUCCCAAGGUCAAUGAGUUUGCCUAUGUAACAGACGGAGCCUGUGAUAUGUGGGACAUCCAACGUACAGAGCUCGUCAUGUUGAAGGCAUUGGAAUGGAAUCUGUGUCCUGAGACUCCCAUCUCAUGGCUGAAGCUCUACGCUCAGGUGGAGGCUCAGGCAGAUGGGCACAACUUCCUUGUCCCCCAGUUUUCUCAAGACACUUACAUCCAGAUCACACAGCUCCUGGACUUGUGUAUAAUGGACAUCGGCUCAUUGGAUUUCAACUACAGUGUCCUUGCCGCUGCUGCCUUCUGCUACUUCCAUUCCUUUGAAGUGGUUCACAAAGUGUCAGGUGUGACAUGGGAAAGUGUGGCUCCCUGUAUCCGGUGGAUGACUCCAUUUGUAGACACAAUGCGGAGUGUACCUAGAGCCGUGCUGAAAAAUUUCACCAAAGUCAAGGCUGAUGAUUGGCACAACAUCCAGACGCAUAUUGACUACCUACCGCUCCUGAGAAAUGCUCAAGAGAGACAGAUUGACAGCAUUGACUGCCAACGAUCUCCUGUUGCCGUGGAAGUGAUCCUUACUCCACCCAACAGCACAGAAAAACCGACCAAUCCCUAA